AUGGCCCAAGUUCCCAUUGCAACAAGGCCUGUUGUGCCCCCAGGAGAACCGAAGAACGGCAGUAUCCAGCCUUCCCAGAGCCCUGAGACUUUGCCGAGCAUACCCAUGAUCCCUGAGGGCGUGCCUGAUGGUAUGCUUCCUGACGUGAGGCAAAGGCUAUUACGCCAGGCCAAUGAAAGAAUACAGUUCAGAAACAGGAAGCUAGGAAUUUCGCAUGGCUACUACGUGAAGGUGAUGUUUCUUCUAGGUCUUCUCCAGAUCAUAGGGCUUGCGUUUUUCACAAAGGGAUUUUUGCUUUCUCGCCAGGUGCUGCCGUUCACGUCGAAUUGUAUGGAUCAGCAGGGAAGAGACCAAUGUCUCAAAGCAUCGCCCUUCGAGAAAACAGUGAUAGUGGUUAUAGAUGCACUUAGGUUCGACUUCGUUAUACCUGUUGAGGGCAGUACUGAGCCAUAUCACAACAAGCUCACUGCUUUGUACGAGUUGUUCCAGAACGAGCCUGAGAACUCGCUUUUGUUGAAGUUCAUAGCCGACCCCCCCACCACAACGUUGCAACGAUUAAAGGGGUUGACUACAGGAUCCCUGCCCACGUUUAUAGAUGCGGGGUCCAAUUUUGAUGGAGAUACUAUAGACGAGGACAAUUGGGUUAGUCAGCUGUACCACAAUGAAAGAAACGUUGCUUUCGUAGGUGACGAUACUUGGACGGCACUGUUUAACCCGUUCCUAUACCAGAACCUGACCCGUCCUUACGAUUCUCUUAACGUAUGGGAUUUGCAUUCGGUUGACAAUGGAGUGAUUGAGCAUAUUUUUCCGACCAUCACUAACCGUUCUGCGGAAUGGGACGUUCUUAUUGGCCAUCUGCUUGGUUUAGAUCAUUGCGGACAUAGAUAUGGCCCCCGUCACAGUGCCAUGGAGCAGAAACUGAUUCAGAUGAAUGGGUUUCUCAAGGAUCUCAUGCAAACCAUUGACGAUAAAACGUUGUUGGUGGUGAUGGGAGAUCAUGGAAUGGACCAGACCGGUAAUCACGGCGGAGAGUCUCCUGAUGAAGUGGAAGCUGCAAUGUUCAUGUACUCGAAAACACCAUUUUUCGGAAGAGUUGCCGAAGCAGAAAAGGCAUAUGACAUCUCAAAGGCUGGAAAGAGCUUCAGGUCCGUGAAUCAAAUCGAUUUAGUAUCUUCCUUAUCCUUUCUCAUGGGACUUCCAGUUCCUUACAACAAUCUUGGAUUUCCAAUCGAAGAGUUAUUCACGCGCCACCAUGACAAUAAACUGCUGGCCUAUGCGAAUUUCUACACUUCUGUUCAGAUUCACCAGUAUAGGAACAACACAGAUCUGCUGAAAAACGACGAGGAGGUGAACCUGAAAUUCUCCAAACUGUUGAAGAAAUGGCCAGUCAUUGUGCAGGACCCUAGCACCAGCCCCGAAGCAUGGUUUGCAUUUGCGCAAGAGGCAAGAGAGUAUCAAGAGCUUUCCCUCGAGAAAUGUAAAGAUCUCUGGGCUAGAUUUGACUUGACCAGUAUCACUCUUGGGAUUGUGAUCACCAUAGUCGCCUUGACUUUACUCAUAGUUUACUCCAAGCUCAUCCCAUCAGUGGUCAUUGCCCAGUUGAACCCUCAAUUCUUUAGCUCGAGCAUUGCCAUCAGUUUUGUCUGGAUUGUCUUGAUGGGAUCGCUAUAUGUCGUACUGAAACCUGACAACUUGACUCUCAAUUGGAGCUUGCUGCUUGGUGUUGCAAUUGGAAUUGCGAACGGCAUAUUGGCCCCAGUCAUGGAUCGUUAUUCAAUCCCAUGGUUGAUCAGCCAGGCAAGAGAACGCAUGGAUCUGAAUGGAUGGACUUAUAUGGCAUUGACGUUCAUUAUCAUGCACUCUCUGGUCUUCACCUCAAACUCGUUUGUGAUAUGGGAGGACAAACUUGUCGCCUUUUGGCUGAGCACAUUUGGAUUCUGUGCUCUGUUUAAGGCUACUCGCCUUCAAAACAGCUUCAAAAGAGCUUGGGGUUGUUAUCACGCAGCGUCAUUCAUUAUCAUGGUGAGAGUGAGCUCCUCCAUUACUCUUUGCCGAGAAGAACAACAGCCAAAAUGCGUUUCCAACUUCCAGAUCACUUGGUGGGCAAUUGCUCUUUUGUUUGUAGCUGCCUAUUUAUUGCCAAAAAUCAUCGAGGGCUUCUACAAGAUAUCAUCCUCUUUUGAAGGUGCUGCAUCACUAUGGAUAACUACUGGGUUGAGAGGCUUGAUGUUCAUGACCGCCAUUCACUGGACUCUUGAGUACUUGGAACACAACGCUGUUCUAACCCAAUCUCUUGGCAUUCCCAUGAACUUGCUCAAACUGAGCAAAAUUACUAUUGCGAGAAUAGUAUUGGGCAUUGCUUUGAUAGCUGGAAAUGUGGGCUGGUUUCUUGGGCCUCUGUGUAUCAGACUAGACCUUAGUCUAGAACCUGCAGCAGCAUCAGCUUCUCCAUCAGCAAAGAAGGAAGCUCAAAUUCUUGGGUACGGCAACGCUUAUGGCUCCAGCUACUUCUUACUGGUAAUCAACAUUUUGGCUGCUACUCUGUUGGUUUCCAAGCCUUUGGGAGGACUUUCUUUGUGCCUAAUGAUCUACGAACUGUUGACUCUACUGGAGUUAGCGGAUCUUCUGGAUAUCCGUCACGACAUGAUCUCUGUCGUCGUCAUGGGUCUGAUCGGAUAUUUGCACUUCUUUACAUCUGGACAUCAGGCUACUUUGCAGUCCAUUCAUUGGGAUGUUGCCUUUAUCCUGAACGAAAAAAUCACUUUUCCAUUCACACAUCUGACUGUCAUUUUGAACACUCUUGGACCAUUCAUAAUUGUCAGUCUCUGCGUUGCUCUUUUGUCAAUAUGGAAGAUCACACCUACAAACAAACCAAUCACACUCUUUUCCCGAAUAGUCGAGAACGCAACGGGUAUUCUGAUCUAUCAGUCUUGUCUGACGCUUUCCACACUUAUAAUGGCUGCUCAUUUCAGAAGACACCUGAUGGUGUGGAAGAUUUUCGCCCCAAGGUUCAUGCUAAAUGGGCUUAUAAUAAUCUGCAUGAACAUCGUGCUGACAUUUGUCACUGUUGGUGUUGGAAGCGGAAAGGUUGUCAAGAGGUGGAACGAGCUCUUUGGCUCUUGA